AUGAUCCUAGAAGCUUGGACACUGGAGCAAACACAACCAGUGUGUAACUACACUGUGACUGACAUCAGGAACGGAGAAUAUUCAGUACUACAGAUACGCAAAAACAUGAUGGCAAUCGAGUGGAACAGUCAUAAAGAACAGAUACCAGUAUUAAACCGUGUCUUCACCCUUGUACUUCUCUCUAGCCUGGGCGAGGAGUUUUAUCGUGAGGCGAUUGAACAUUGCCGAAGCUAUAAUGCUCGCCUGUGUGCCGAGCGCUCCAUGCGUCUGCCCUUCCUGGACUCACAGACUGGCGUGGCACAGAGCAACUGCUACAUAUGGAUGGAGAAGAACCACCGAGGCCCGGGCGUGUCUCCGGGGCAGCUGUACACUUACCCAGCUCGCUGCUGGCGCAAGAAAAAACGGUUAAACAUCCUGGACGAUCCACGUCUGGGACCCAUCGAGUUUAAGAUAGACUACGAGUCGGCCUUGAAGAAGGAGGGAGGUGUUCCUGAGGGUCCCGUCCUUGAGUCCUUGCUCAGCGGAGAGCCUUUAGAUAAGAAAGUGGAGACAAAGGAGGAGGAGGCCAUGAGCGAGUGUCAGAAGCUGCUGGUGGGAGACUUUCCUCACGAGAUGGACGUGGAAGAAAUGGAGGAGGACGUGCCUAAGCGCAAGAACCGCACCAAAGGACGGGCUUGCGGUGUAGGAGGAAUGAGGAAGAGACAGGAACCGGCCUCCAUAGAGGACAGAGACAAGCCAUACGUUUGUGACAUCUGCGGUAAGCGCUACAAGAACCGCCCGGGUUUGAGUUACCAUUACACUCACACACACCUGGCAGACGAAGAGGGUGAAGAAGACUCGGAACGACACACUCUACCCUUUCAACGCAAGAACAACCACAAGCCCAAAAAAGCAGCAGAUGGCUCGGUCAUCCCCAACGGCUACUGUGACUUCUGCCUCGGAGGCUCGAAGAAGACGGGCUGCCCAGAGGAUCUUAUCUCCUGCGCAGACUGCGGACGAUCAGGCCACCCGUCCUGCCUGCAGUUCACAGUCAACAUGACGGCAGCAGUGAGGACUUACCGCUGGCAGUGCAUCGAGUGCAAGUCCUGCAGCCUGUGUGGCACCUCCGAGAACGACGAUCAGCUUUUAUUCUGUGAUGACUGCGAUCGAGGAUAUCACAUGUACUGUCUAAGUCCACCUAUGGCAGAACCUCCAGAGGGGAGCUGGAGUUGUCACCUGUGUCUGCGGCAACUAAAGGAAAAAGCCUCUGCUUACAUCAUGCUGAAUUAA